AUGGCCUCAGCUCAAGAUUCCUGGUGGAAGAGGGCGGACUUGACCGUUUCCAAGGUCUUGUUCCAUUUGUUCUUUUGGGGUUCACAUAUUGGCAUCUUUGCUGUAGGAUGGUACCUACAGGCUUCGAAUCCAAAAUUGGCGCCGCUGAAUGCUCUUAGCUAUUCAGUAUGGAUUUCGCGAGGCGCAGGUCUCGUCCUUUCGGUCGAUUGCACUUUGAUUCUAUUUCCUAUGUGUCGGAAUAUUCUCCGAUGGAUGAGACCACAGAUCAGAUGGUUACCACUGGAUGAGUCGGCGUGGUUUCAUCGGCAAAUAGCCUAUGCUAUACUAGUAUUCACGGCCAUUCACACCGCUGCUCACUACAUAAAUUUCUACAACAUCGAAAAAGAUCAAAUCCGUCCAGAACUUGCAGUAACGAUGCAUUUUGCUCGCGCAGGUGGUAUCACUGGCCAUGUCAUGCUGCUGUGCAUGAUGCUCAUAUAUACCACCGCACACCAUCGUAUUCGCCAGCAAGCAUAUGAAACCUUCUGGGAAGUACGGUCCCGGCGCGUGACAGUUAUCACAAAAGUCAUCCGUCAUCCUUAUGCCGCCAUGGAAAUCCAGUUCCACAAACCGAGCAUGAAAUACAAAGCCGGGCAAUGGGUAUUCCUCCAAGUGCCUGAUGUAUCCAGUACCCAAUGGCAUCCAUUCACCGUUACCUCCUGUCCCUUUGAUCCGUACCUCAGCAUCCACGUUCGCCAAGUCGGAGAUUUCACCCGAGCACUUGGAGAUGCACUCGGUUGCGGUCCCGCCCAAGCAAAAGAUCUUGAAGGCCUUGACCCCAACGGCAUGUACGAGGUUGCCUUACAGAACGGACAAACCAUGCCCGCAAUCCGUGUGGAUGGACCAUACGGAGCACCCGCAGAAGAUGUGUUCGACAACGAAAUCGCCGUGCUUAUCGGCACCGGUAUCGGAGUCACACCCUGGGCAUCUAUUCUCAAGAACAUUUGGCAUCUGCGCUCAAGCCCCAACCCUCCCCGUCGACUACGACGUGUCGAGUUCAUUUGGGUCUGUAAGGAUACCUCUUCAUUUGAAUGGUUCCAAGCUCUGCUAUCUUCUCUCGAAGCCCAAUCCGCCAACACGGCUGCUAGCGAGGGAAGCACCGAAUUCUUGCGUAUCCAUACGUAUCUCACACAGCGUCUCGACGCUGACACCGCUGCAAAUAUCUACCUGAAUUCUGUCGGUCAGGCGCUCGAUCCUCUCACUGAACUAAAGAGCCGGACGAACUUCGGUCGUCCGGACUUCAAGCGACUUUUCACCGCUAUGCGGGUUGGCUUGCUGGACCAGUCUUACAUGACGGGUCUACAGAGUGCUGCUACAACCGACAUCGGAGUGUAUUUCUGCGGUCCUAAUACUGCUGCCAUGCAGAUUAGCGAUGCGGCUAAAUCUUCAUCAACCAAGGACGUCCGGUUCAAAUUCUGGAAGGAACACUUCUAG